AUUCUUGGUACACGAUUGAUGAUGACUUUUUUUAAUUUUGAUUAAUAUAAAAAAAAGUGGAAUUAUAUCUUCAAAUUAGAAAUGCAAGAAAAAGUUCUUCUUCACCAUUCUUUAUUCAUGGGUAAAUCUGCCACUUACAAUUCUCAAUCUUGCUGUCCUUUUAAAUUUCCGAGAAAGCAUUAGAUUACCCAGGGCCCAAUCUUUUUGGAGAAAACAAGAAAACAUGGAGUACGUGCAGCAUGUGAAUGCUGUAAGACAGCAACAGAUCCUUUGCUGUCAAUGUGGUACUCCAACUCCACCAAACCCUUCAAACAUCUGCAUUGCUUGUAUCCGAACUCAAGUUGAUAUUACAGAAGGAAUACAAAAACAAGCCUACUUGCAAUUUUGUAAAUCAUGUGAAAGGUAUUUACAGCCACCGAAUUAUUGGGUAUCCUGUGAAUUAGAAUCAAAGGAAUUGCUUGCACUAUGUUUGAAGAGGCUGAAAGGACUUGCAAAGACACAUUUGGUUGAUGCUGGUUUUGUAUGGACUGAACCUCAUUCGAAAAGAAUAAAAGUAAAACUUACAAUCCAACAAGAAGUCCUUAACUCGACCAAACUGCAACAAACCUUUGUUGUGGAUUUUAUUGUGCAAGGUCAAAUGUGCGAUGACUGCCAUCGACGAGAAGCAAAAGACUUUUGGAAAGCUGUUGUGCAAAUAAGACAAAAGGCUUCACAUAAAAAGACUUUUUAUUACCUUGAGCAAUUGAUCAUAAAACACAAUAUACACUCAAACUGUUUAAACAUAAACCAAGUUCAUGAGGGCCUAGAUUUUUAUUAUUCCAACAAGCAACAUUCAAGACGUAUGGUUGAUUUUCUAAACACUGUUGUACCAUGCAGAAUGAAGACAUCAGAAAGACUCAUCUCCCAUGAUAUUCACAAUAAUAGUUAUAACUACAAAAAUACAUUUUCAGUUGAACUGGCAUCAGUUUGCAAAAAUGAUAUUGUUUGUCUGCCAAUCAAAGUUGCAAGAUCACUUGGAAAUAUAAGCCAAAUCUCUGUUUGUUACAAAGUAACAAGUAAUCUACACCUUGUGGAUCCUUUCACUGGAAAAAUUUUGCCAAGCAGAUGUUACUUGAUGCGUAAUAAUGAUAUGUCUGGUUCUGAUGCUCAAUUUCACUGUCGUACACAUCUAGGACAUCUGUUAUCUGCUGGUGACACUGUCAUAGGGUAUGAUUUUACAACAACCAAUUUGAACGACCCAAAUUUAGAGUUAAUUAAGAAAGACAACAUACCAGAUGUGGUGUUAGUGAAAAAAGUGUAUGGUGACAAGAAAAAGAGGAGUAGGAAAAGAAAUUGGAAGCUGAAAUCGCUUCCAAUGGAAAAAGCGCAUAAAGAUGACUAUGAUGAGUUUUUGGAAGAUUUGGAGGAAGAUCGUGAAUACAGAUCUGUAAUCAAUAUCUACAGAGAUCGUGCCAAGGUAAAUGCCAGUGAAAGUGAUAUUGAAGAUGCUCCAACUGUUGGGUUAGAGGAAAUGUUGGAUGAUUUACAAAUCGAAGAUCAAGAGAUGAACAGUGACGAAGAUUAAGUUUGUUUUCACGAACAUAUUAAUUCAUGUACACCAGCAAAUGUAUCAAUGCAUGUACAUCAAAUGUUAUUUUGUGCAAGAUAUAUAUUUUAAUUAGCAAACUAAAUUGUAUUUUGCUAAUUAUUUAAUUCAAAUUUUGCGUACUGAAUAAAUAUAUAUUUUGCUUCUAAA